AUGGAUAAGCGCGAGGCCGAUCAGCCGAAGCGGCAACAACCGGAAAGGAAGAGCGGAAGUGAAGAGGAGAGAUUGGAGGGCAUUCCGUUGGAGACCAGUCCGUACGUGAAUUACAAGGACUUGGAAGAUUACAAAAACCAAGCCUACGGAGCCCAAGGCCAUCUCGAGUCCAAACCCAGCCGCCGCGGUGGCGGUGGAUCCACCGACGCUCCCACUCUCUCCGGCGACGCCGUUUCGUCGGUGAUCAACCGCCAAGGAGUGCCCUGAGAUCAACGUGCCGCCGUAAUUAAUUUCUUCAUGUUUUAGUAGAACAUCUGCGUUUGGUUAAUUGUCUCCUACAAGUUGGCAAAAUAAUAAAUUUAGUGAAAAAAUUGUCACUGUUUCAAUUC